AUGGACACUUUGCAAUCUCAUGUUUUAGAGACUCAAAAUGUGCAUUCUGUGCCAGAGAUCACAAAACUAGUGAGUAUAAAUGUGAAACAUGCUCAAAAAGAGGUGAAAUAUGUCAACACACUCUGCUUAAGUGCUCUAAUUGCAAAGAAAAACAUGCAUCUAGCUCAAAAGAAUAAUUUGAAUUCUCAAACUUCUGUUAAGAUUAGAGAAUUGAGAAAUGACUCUGAUGAUAAACUAGAUAUAAUGCAAGCAGUUGAGAUCCCUACUUUUCAAAAUAGUUAUAAUCUACUAUCUGAUGAUAGUGACUAG